AUGCUCCGCCUCCCCACAUUCCUUGCCGUAUCACCGUCGGUCACCGGCUCACCGCACAGAGAUCGUUACCCUGACCACCACCAGCGUUCUAGGGGUGAGGGCAGCCGCAGCCCUCGCCUCCACUCGUCUCCCAACCGGGCCAAGCAGUCUCGGUUGGGAUCCGGACAUGAGGACUCCUCCAGCAGCAGGCGCAGGUGCAGGUACCUAGACACUGAAUGGUACAGCGCAGAGAGGCUCCACUCAUCUAGUGUGCGUGAUCGUCAUGACCAUGGGGCGAGAAGCCUCAGUCCCCUCCGCCACUCGCCCUCAGGGAUGUCUCCAGCUUCGGUUGAUACCCCUCUCCUGCAUGAUGGCAGCAAGAGUCCUACUGACUGGCCUGACAGUCCAAUCCAUUGCUACAAGCAUUAUGAAAACAACAAUGAUGGUUCCGGGAUCACCGAUAGGGAAUAUAAUGCACUGGUAGAUAACUUCAUGGAUGCUGUGGUCGAGAACUGGCAUGAGCCAGCGAAUUUCGAUCAAGCAAAGAAUAAAGAGCUUUACCGAAAGCAGACAAGGCGAUUCGCUGAGUUGGCUCUGAAACGUUACAACAAAAACAAAAACAAUAAGGUUAAGCACUCGCUGGUUGAGGCAGUUGAUGGAGCUAUAUUUUUUGAAGGAGAUUACUUUCAUGCCCAUGUGAACUUCUAUGCCAAUGCUAGUAAUGGUCCAAAGAAAAAUGGUCCUAAAGUGCUUGUUUUUGCUGAGUUGGAACAUGUUGGACUGCGACUCAAUGCAAUGGCUCUCAGGUCUUUCCAUUUUCUUGAUGAGAAGAAACAAACUGUUGGACGUCGUGAUCUUGAUCGGGGGCCUCACACAAGUAAAGAUCGGGAUAUACAUCACUGCUAUGCUUGUACCGAUAAAAUCAAGCACCCUGAGGGAUCAGGCUAUAAGGCAGGCCAUUUUGUUGGUGUGUCAUAUUACCAUGAGGAUUAGUGCUGGAUCUGGUGGAUCGUGCAGAGAUAAAAGUUAAGGAUAAAGCCAGAUUACCGAAGCUUGAAGGAGGGAUCUUGUGCUACAUUUGUGCUCUGAAGAUUGGACAAACUGUAGUAAUGUAUUUUUUUUAAGAAACAUUAGUGGUGUCCAGUAACUCCCUCAGGAUGGUUUUGGAAUCCACAGUUGGAGGAGUCUAACUGCUUGUGAGUUGUGACCUUAUGAAUUGUACUCCCUCAGUCUUGCACAUCUUAUUUUGUGUUUUUGAUUGAGAAAACAUUUGUUUGGUGGAAUGCAAUGUAAUCUCUGUAUGUGUGAUAACGGAAUAUUAGUAUCUUUUUCAUGCUAGUUUGGGACUAUAUGUCACAUGUAGGAUUUUGGGCAAUAUACUUUACUAGAAA